CUUUAUGUCGGUUUUCGUCUGGGAACCCUAGUUUUUUUUUGUGCGUGUAAAAAUCUAGGGUUUCGUUCAUACUUCCAAUUUUCGACCUCUUCAAUGGAGACUGGUUCGGAAGGAGAAAGCAAUCGCAACAUCAAUGGUCAAUCUGAUGGAUCCAAGAAACCUAAACGCCAGAUGAAGACGCCUUUCCAACUCGGAAUGCUCGAAAAAACCUAUGCGUUGGAGAUGUAUCCAUCAGAGGCCACAAGGGCAAAACUGUCCGAAACUUUAGGGCUAACCGACCGCCAGUUGCAAAUGUGGUUCUGCCACCGCCGGUUGAAAGACAAGAAAGAAGGGACUGUAAAACGGGCGGGAGGUGAUGGUGGUGAGUCUUUGAAACCUUCCAAACAAGAAUUGGUGGUGGUUAGUGGUGGUGGUGGUGGUGGAGGUGGUGGUGGGAGUGACCAUGGUUCACGGUCUCGGUCACACCGUGAGUCAUGGUCGCGGUCUCGGUCGGCAUCAGGGUCGGAAUCGGAAUCGGAAUCGGAUUCCAAUCGGUUUAAGGAACCAUUGGUUCAUAGCAGGGCGUAUGAGGUGACACAAAAGAAGAUGAUGUUGAGAAGAGUAAUUGAAUGUGUUGAGGUUCAAUUAGGUGAGCCAUUGAGGGAAGAUGGACCAAUUCUUGGAAUGGAGUUUGAAGAGCUUCCACCUGGAGCAUUUGGGACACCCAUAGUUGCAAAAAAACAUCAUGGACAAACAAACAGACAUUCAUAUGAUGGAAAUUUAUUUGACCAAUCCGAUCCUCGGUCAAUCAAAACUGAGGUGGGUGGUGUUCGUGAGCCUGUGGGCCCUAAUAUUAAACAUGAACCAUAUGGAGGUGUUUCUAGGUUAUAUGAUUCACCAAUUGGUUACUCAAGUGACCAAAGAUUAGUUGUUCAAAAUGGACAAAUGCCACAUACUUCUUAUGUUUCUCAAGGACAAUUGAAGGGUGUUAGUUUGAUGACACAAAAAGGGGAAAUGACACAUUUAUCCUCACCUACAAAAGAUAAUGAUUUCAUUCAACCAAAUGAAGAAGUUAUGCAAAUGUGGAGGAAACGCAAGAGUGAUGAUGCUGUUGGUGGAAGGGAAGGUCAACAAUCUAAUGAAAAGAGGAUGCGAAAAGAGCUUGAGAAGCAAGAUUUGAUGAGGCGAAAGAGAGAAGAGCAAAUGAAGAAAGAAAUGGAGAAACAAGAUCGUGAGAGGCGAAAGGAAGAAGAGAGAAUGAUGCGUGAAAAACAAAGACAAGAGGAAAGAUUUCAACGUGAAGAAAAGCGUGAAAUGGAAAGGAGAGAGAAGUUUUUACAAAAGGAAUCUUUGAAAGCAGAAAGAAGAAGACAAAAAGAAGAGCUUCGAAAAGAAAGAGAAGCAAUAAAACUCAAAGCUGCCAUUGAAAAGGCAGCAGCAAGAAAAAUUGCUAAAGAAUCAAUGGAGUUAAUUGAAGAUGAGAGGUUGGAAUUGUUGGAAUUGGCUGCUUCUAGCAAAGGGUUGACUUCAAUAGUUUCACUUGAUUAUGAAACUUCACAAAAUCUUGAUUCUUUUCGAGAUCUCUUAUGUGUAUUCCCACCAAAGUCUGUGCAAGUGAGAUUAAAAAGGCCAUUUUCAAUUCAUCCAUGGAUUGAUUCAGAAGAAAAUGUUGGAAAUCUUCUUAUGGUUUGGAGAUUUUGUAUGACAUUUACCGAUGUUCUUGGUCUUUGGCCUUUUACCCUUGAUGAGUUUGUUCAAGCUCUUCAUGAUUACGAUUCAAGAUUAUUAGGAGAGGUUCACAUUGCUCUGUUGAAGCUGAUCAUAAGAGAUAUUGAAGAUGUUGCAAGGACACCCUCUGGUGGGCCCGGAACAAAUCAAUACACGGUUGCCAAUCCUGAAGGUGGUCAUCCUCAAAUUGUUGAAGGGGCAUAUAUGUGGGGCUUUGACAUACGCAACUGGCUUAAACAUUUAAACCCGCUGACGUGGCCUGAAGUACUUAGACAAUUUGCUUUAUCAGCAGGCUUUGGGCCCCACUUGAAAAAAGAUAAAGGAAAACGUUCAGGCUUGACUGAAAAUGAUGAGAGUAAAGGCAAUGAGGAUGUAAUUACAAUGCUAAGAAACGGUUCAGCUGCUGAAAAUGCAUUUACAUUAAUGCAAGAAAAAGGUGUUUCUCUUCAAAGAAAGUCAAGGCAUCGUUUGACUCCUGGAACAGUCAAAUUCGCCGCCUAUCAUGUUCUUUGUCUUGAGGGACCCACAGGCCUAAACGUAUUAGAACUCGCUGAAAAAAUUCAGAAAACUGGACUUCGUGAUCUUACAACAAGCAAGACACCCGAUGCUUCAAUCUCUGUUGCAUUAUCGCGGGACCCGAUUUUGUUUGAAAGAAUCGCGCCUUCAACAUAUUGUGUAAGGCCUGCAUUUAGGAAGGAUCCUGCAGAUGCUGAGGAAGUGAUUUCAUCUGCUAAAGAGAAGAUACAAAGUUAUGCAAAUGGAAUUUUGGCUGGAGUUAAUGCUGAAGAUGUUGAGAAAGAUGAAGAUUAUGAAUGUGAUGUUGCUGAGGGGACUGAAAUCGAUGAUUUUGGUGCUUCAUCUACUAUUGAAGAAGUUAAGACAGAAGAGGUUGAUGUAGAUAUAAAGCAAGAAUAUGAAAAUACCGGUAUUGGUGCGAGUAGUAUCAAUCAAGGAAGUAGUGAAGUUGAUGAAAGAAUAUCAGGAGAAGCAUGGGUUCAAGGGCUUACUGAAGGAGAAUAUUCGGAUCUUUGUGUGGAGGAUCGACUCAGUGCUCUUGUUGCUUUAAUUGGUAUCGCAAAUGAAGGAAACAUUAUCCGCGUAGUUCUUGAGGAUCGCUUAGAUGCUGCAACUGCUGUGAGAAAGCAAAUGUGGACAGAAGCACAACUCGAUAAAAAACGCAUGAAAGAAGAAUUCAUAUCCAAAUUUCAAGAUUCUUCCUUAAUGGAAGGUGGUCAAAGCCCGUUGAUGCCCACCAUUGACAAUAAAGUCAAUGAAGGGAUACUACAAACGGGUCAAGAUAGUUCCGUGGGUCAACCCACGGGUCAAAAUCAAAUUCAUAAUAACGGAUAUAACACAGCUGAAAGAUCAAGGUUGCAAUUGAAGGCUUUUAUAGGUCAUAAAGCAGAAGAAAUGUAUAUGUAUAGAUCUUUACCCUUGGGUCAAGAUAGAAGGCGAAACCGUUAUUGGCAAUUUGUUGCAUCUACUUCUAGUAAUGAUCCAGGAUCCGGAAGGAUAUUUGUGGAAUUACAAAAUGGUUGUUGGAGACUAAUCGAUUCAGAAGAGGCGUUUGAUGCUCUUUUGACAUCAUUGGACACACGUGGGACCCGUGAAUCCCAUUUACAUGUAAUGCUACAAAAAAUCGAAACAUCAUUCAAAGAAAACAUCAAAAGAAACAUCAAUUUCCCCAAAAACACAAACCGAAAUGUCUCGAUUUCUGAUUCAACCGAACAAUCACCUUCUUUCCACAUUGAGCUUGGAAGGAAUGAAUUUGAGAAAAAGAAUGCAAUGAAAAGGUAUCAAGAUCUUGAGACAUGGAUGUGGAAAGAAUGUUUGUAUUCAUCAAAUUUAUCUUCAAUGACACAUGGGAAACAAAGAUGCGUUCCUUUACAUGGAGUUUGUGAUUUUUGCCAUGCGUGUUAUUGCUUCGAGAAUGUGAAUUGUCCUAUUUGCCCCCGGUGUUGUAGGCCGUUUAGUACGUUUGGGGGUAAAUUGAGUUACCCUGAAGAAAUUCGGGAAAAUGUUGGUGAUUUUAACGAUUUGUGUGAUUGGGAUGUUAAUGAUCCGUUGAGGAUCCGAUUGAUUAAGUCUUUAUUAACUUUCUUGGAGGCUUCGGUUCCUUUUGAGGCAUUGCAAUCUUCUUGGAUGGAUAAUAAUAGGAAUGCAUGGGGUUCAAAGUUGCAUUGUUCUUUGUCACCUUCAGAUCUUCUUCAGAUUGUUACAUGGUUUGAAAGUGUGAUAAAGCGGGACCACCUGUCAUUAAACUUUGAGACAACAGAGGAGAUUCUUGGAACCUCCGGUGUACCGGAAAAGGCUGUUUCCGGCACCGGUUCAGUCCCGGUCCUUCCGUGGGUCCCACAAACAACAGCUGCUGUGACUUUAAGGCUUUUAGAGCUUGAUGCCUCAAUUUCCUACACCCCUGAACAAAAAGCUGAACUCCAUUUGGUAGAUGAAUCAAACGAUGUCUUAAUGGAGAAAGCACCAUUGAAGUUCACGUUCUUGAAGAACAUCGGGAAAACGGUAUCAGAAACGGAGCACGGAAAACCGAUAAAACCGCCUCGUGGCGGCGUUGGUGGACGGAACCGUGGCGGCAAGUGGCGGCAACGGGCGGCAGGUGGAGGUUCAAUAGCAGCCUCCGGCAGCCGGCAAAACUUCAGAGACAGUGCCACAAUGAGUCAAGUCAUGAAGCAACAAGCACAUGGAAGAGGCCGGAGAACAAUCCGGCGAAAAAGAAUAGAAAAAACCAUUGAAGAAGAAGAAGAAGAAGAACCAAUGAGAAAUUUUGAAAAUGAAGAGUGGGUUAAUGAACCUGUUGAUAAAAUGGAAACGGAUGAUGCUGUGAAUUUUCAUAUCAGUGAAGAUGAAGAAGAUGAAGAUGAAAGUGAAGAUGAAGGAGAUGAUGGUGAUGAACAUCGGGUGGAGUUUGAAAUGAUGGGGAAUGAGGAAAGUUUAGGGUAUGGAGUUGCAAAUAAUGAAAGUAGAUGGGCAGAAGUGGAAAUGAGCGAAGAUGAAGGGUUUAAAGGUGUUGAAGAAGAAGAAGAAGAUGAUGAGAUUAUGAAUGAUGAUUACGUAGAUGGGGAUGAUGGAAGGAAUUUUAAGGUUGAGGAUUCGGAUUCUUUUGGUUCGGGGGAUUUUAGUGAUUGAAGCCCAUAAAAUAUAUAUCAUUUUUGAAGGUAGCAUAUGAUUUUAAAUUCGUUCUUCUUUUUUUGUGGUUUUUUUAGUUGUUAUACAGCAGCAUAUAUAUAACUAGUCCAUGUUUUCUUUUGCAAAAUCAAUCACGUAGGAAGCAA